AUGCCAGCGACUGAUGGACUUCAGCCCCCUCUCACCCCCGCCGAGCGGGCGAUUGUGAAAUCCUAUGGCGGUUGGACAUCCUUCAUGCAAAGCUUCGGGCUUAAGCCAUGGGAGCGUGAUGACGCUGAAGAAGGAAAGAGAAUUCUGGAGGCCCUUGUUCGAAAUGAUGAAGACUCUUAA